AUGCACCACCAGGGUCUUAAGCUUCCUCUGCUCGCCCGAACCACCAACAUCCUUUCUCCUUCCCCUUGCCCUCUCCACCCUCCCUCCCCCUCCUCCCUUCCCCCGCCGCACCCACCCACCCUCCCCGUCCUGCCUUCCCCCCCCCCCUUCCCCCACACCUUUUUCCCUUUUCAGUCGCGAGCCAUCAUCGAUGCUUUCCCCGACGUCCCCACUCUCGUCAACUUCGGAUUCCCCGACCAUCUGUGCGGCACAUGGCACCACAACUACACUCGCAUGCACCAGCAAAUCCGGGCAGCCAGCAAAAAUCCCUCCUCUGCCCCGCCGCCCGACACGCCGCCCGUGAAAUUUCUCACCUUUGACGGCCUCAGCCACUGCGACAGCCUCGGGGAGACCCUCAUGGGGCUGACGUCAGCGUUCACUGUAGCUAUCCUCACUAACAGGGCCUUCGUUAUAAAGCACCCGUGCAUCCCCAUGGCUUUUGAACCGGCGCUGAUCGACUGGCAGCCCACAGAAGACGUGGGAUUCGAGCCGGUCAGAAACGAAACUUUUCCGCUGAAACCUCCUGACCGGGCGGUCGAUCCUCCAAUAGGAGCGAGUGAUAUCAUGGAGAUCAACCUGGAAAAAGAUGACAGGGCGAACCCGGAGAAGGUGUUUCCGCAGGUUGAAGCUGCGAGGAACCUGCGUGUGGUGUGGAACAGAGACCUGCUGGUGCAUAUGCUGAAGGAUGUGAAGGGAUCGGCAUGGAAAGACAGACUCACAGAGAUGGGCAUCAGUAUUCCGUAUUCGUUCGGGUGCUUGGUGCGAUACCUGCUAAGUUUCCUCUUUCCUUCUCAGUUUCGCCUAUCCUUUUCCAUUUCCCCAUUGUCUCUCCUCGCCAGGCCCAAGCCGGAGGUGUGGCACAGGAUGCAGCCGUUUGAGAAGCAGCUGAGGGGCGACAAGGUGGUGAGCAUCGGCAUGCACGUGAGACAGUUUGGCCAAGGCCCCGCCCGCCCCAACGCCACCGUUAGCGCAGAGGAGCUGCAGAAAGGAAUGAACGACUCAGUGCGGCCGGCCUUUCAGUGCGCUGAGCUGAGGGGCGACAAGGUGGUGAGCAUCGGCAUGCACGUGAGGCAGUUCGGCCAAGGCCCCGCCCGGCCCAACGCCACUGUCAGCCCGGAGGAGCUGCGGAGAGGAGGGUGA